AUGUCUUAUAAUAGUUUGUCUGGAAGGAUACCAUCAGGCCACCAACUUGACACCCUUAGUGCCGACAACCCAGCACUUAUGUACAUUGGCAACAACGGACUUUGCGGGCCUCCUCUUCAGAAGAAUUGUUCAGGAAAUGGUACGGUUGUCCAUCCUGGAAGCAGCAAUCGGGAAUUUGAGUCACUGACCUUCUAUUUUGGUCUUGUGCUGGGACUUGUAGCGGGGCUCUGGAGUGUGUUUUGCACGUUCCUGUUCAAGAAGACAUGGAGGAUUGCUUAUUUUCAACUCUUUGAUGAGCUGUGUGACAGAAUCUAUGUAUAUGUGGUUGUGAAGUGGGCAAGCUUCACAAGGAAGACAGAUGAAGAAUAA